AUGCAACUGAAUAUACGUGAUAUUAAGCGCAACGCUCACCAGGUCCUGGGCAUGAUCUUGAUCUUGUCCGGGGCUUUCAUGUGCUACAAAGCACUUUCGCUCAUUGCAAACACGUCAACCCCGGUGGUUGUUGUCUUAUCUGGCAGUAUGGAGCCUGCUUUCCAGCGGGGAGAUAUUUUGUUCAUGUGGAAUCGUCAAAGCCGCGUCAACGUCGGAGAUAUUGUUGUUUAUGACACAAAAGUGAGAAACAUUCCAAUUGUGCACCGAGUACUCCGCCAGCAUGCUAGCUCACGCAAACAGCUUGUUCUCACCAAGGGCGACAACAACCCCCUCGACGACUUGGACCUCUACGCCUACAAGCAAAUGUACCUGGACCGUGCAAAAGAUAUUACUGGUGGUGUUGUAAAGGCGUACUUCCCCAAGCUAGGCUACGCUACCAUCCUACUCACAGAGAACCCUACUCUUCGGACAGUUGUGAUUGGUAUCUCGUUGUUGAGCCAGCUCCUCUCUAACGAAUGA